UCUCUCUCUCUCUCUCUCUCUCUCUCUCUCUCUACAAUCACACAGUAUUGUACAGUAUUGUGAAUCUUCUCUACUGCAGUGGUUGCUAUGGUCUGUCUUUGCAUUGCUAUAGGAGCUAUGCUCUCAUUGGCGCUGCCUGACCUGGUUACCAUGGAGACGUGUCCGUCGGCGGGGACGCCUGGACUGCCCGGUAUCCCAGGGUUACCAGGAAGGGACGGACGAGAUGGAGAGACGGGGGAAAAGGGAGUGCCAGGUGUUCUAUCUGGACCAGGCCAGAGACCAGAUGAGGGCCAGAAGGGGGAGCCGGGUGUGAAGGGAGCGGUUGGGAAGCCAGGUCGUAGUGGUGUGAGAGGAGAAGAGGGAUCCCCAGGGCCAGAGGGACCCCGGGGAGAGCCAGGGGAGUCGGGCUCAGCAGGGUCUCAGCUACAUUCUGCCUUCAGUGUGGCCAGAGGCACCGCCAGCCCUCCAGAGAAGGCCAGUGUCAUCAGAUUCACCUCCAUCAUCACUGAUGUUAACAAGGACUACAACACAGAGACUGGACGCUUCAGAUGCCGUGUGUCGGGGACGUACUACUUUGUGUACCACGCGUCGUCUGAGGAGAGACUCUGUCUGCUGUUCAAAUUGGAUGGAACCAGUCUGGCCUCCUUCUGUGACCUGAUGUAUGGGGUUAAAAACCGACAGGUGAGUUCGGGGGGUCUGGCUGCGUACCUGAGGAAGGAUCAGGAGGUGUGGCUAGAGACCAACGAUUACAACGGCAUGACGGGAAAACCUGAAGGGAACAGUGUCUUCUCUGGCUUCCUGCUCUACCCUCACUAACCUGAAGG